CUUGGAAUCCCCAAAACCCACUGCCAAAAGCUCCACCAUGUGCCUGACGCAGAACUCAGCGAGCUCCUCCCCGUCACAAAGAACCUCUCCGUACCAGUCCUUGUAGUGGAGUACAACAUUUUGCAAAACAAUGUGGGGUUUAUCAGCUUGUUGAUCAUGUUUAUGUUCAUAUGGUAGGUCUCCUUAUUAGGCCAUACUUGGUGGAAGGGUUUGGAGGGCUAAUCAUUUGGUGGUGUGGGGUAUAUUCCAAAACCGAAUACCAAGGAGGGGUUGGGGAUUGAGUGGCCGGCGCAGGCUACUGAUAUGGAUAGGUUGAUGGUGCUGUUUGAGGAAUUGAAGGCGGAGAUU